AUGGCAGGAGAUCAAGCGCAGUUUUACCAAUUAUUAAAUACAUUAUUGUCUACAGAUAAUGACAUCCGACAGCAAGCAGAAGAUGCUUAUAACAACAUACCUACUGAGACAAAGGUGGUGCAUUUAGUGGGAGCUAUUCAAAAUGGAGAUAUUAGUGAGGAGGCUAGGCAGACUGCAGCUGUGUUGUUGCGGAGGUUGCUCAGUGCAGAAUUCUUUGAGUUCUUCCCGAAACUGCCAUUUGACCAGCAGACUAUGCUUAGAGAACAGUUGCUUCUUACACUACAGAUGAAUGUAAGCCAGCAACUACGGCGCAAGAUAUGUGAUGUUGUGUCAGAACUUGCAAGAAAUCACAUAGAUGAUGAUGGAGUCAACCAAUGGCCAGAAUUCCUUCAGUUUAUGUUUCACUGUGCAAGUUCUCAGGACCCCAAUAUCAAAGAGGCUGGUAUUAGGAUGUUUACAUCUGUGCCAGGAGUAUUUGGGAACCGACAAAAUGAGAACUUGGAUGUCAUCAAACAAAUGUUGUUGUCAUCACUACAGCCCACGGAGUCGGAGGCCUUACGUAUGCAGGCAGUAAAAGCUGUUGGUGCAUUUAUUCUUUUGCAUGACAAGGAGCCUGCCAUACAGAAACACUUUGGUGACUUAUUGCUACCACUCAUGCAAGUAGUUGUUCAGUCCAUUGAGAAGUCAGAUGAUGACUCUGCCUUAAAAGUUCUGAUUGAACUUGCUGAGUCAGCACCUAAGUUCUUACGCCCACAGCUUGAGACGAUCUUUGAAGUUGGUAUUAAGGUUGUUGGUGACACUGACGCAGAUGACAACUGGCGUCAAUUGGCACUGGAAGCAUUAGUUACUCUAUGUGAGACUGCUCCAGCUAUGGUUCGCAAGCAAGUCCCAGUAGCAAUUCGUAGACUAACCCCCCUUGUCCUCGCCAUGAUGUGUGAGCUUGACGACGAGCCCGAUUGGGCCGUGCAAGACGACGUCGCUGAUGACGAUAAUGAUUUGAAUUACGUAACAGCAGAGUCUGCUCUGGAUCGCAUGUGUUGUGGUCUUGGAGGCAAAAUUAUGUUGAGUUUGAUUGUGGGUCAAGUACCUGAGAUGUUAAACUCCGAAGACUGGAGAAAGAGACAUGCAGCACUCAUGGCUGUCUCCUCAGCUGGUGAAGGUUGUCACAAGCAAAUGGAACAGAUGUUAGACCAAGUUGUAUCUGCCGUUCUUACUUAUUUAACUGACCCUCAUCCUCGUGUUCGCUAUGCAGCGUGCAAUGCAAUUGGACAAAUGUCAACAGAUUUUGCCCCUGUUUUUGAAAAGAAAUUCCACAGUAAAGUUGUGCCUGGUCUUUUGUUAGUUCUGGAUGAUAAUGCCAAUCCACGCGUGCAGGCUCAUGCAGCAGCUGCUUUGGUGAACUUUAGUGAGGAUUGUCCAAAACCUAUUCUAACUCAAUAUCUUGGUCCUUUGAUGAACAAGCUUGAAGUAAUUUUGACUGCCAAAUUCAAAGAAUUAGUGGAACGAGGCACAAAGCUUGUGCUUGAACAAAUUGUGACUACCAUUGCUUCUGUCGCUGAUACAGUGGAAAAGGACUUUGUACAAUAUUAUGAUCGCUUGAUGCCCUGUUUAAAAUAUAUUAUUGCUAAUGCUACUACUGAGGAAUUAAAAACUCUACGUGGCAAAACAAUUGAAUGUGUCAGUCUUAUAGGUCUUGCUGUAGGUGAAGAGAAAUUCAUGUCAGAUGCUUCAGAAGUAAUGGACCUUUUGUUAAAAACUCAUACAGAGGGUGAACAGUUGCCUCCUGAUGACCCUCAAACAUCAUUCCUUAUUUCUGCCUGGUCACGAAUUUGCAGAAUUAUGGGCAAGAAAUUCGCCCGAUACCUGCCCAUGGUUAUGGAACCAGUAAUGCGUACAGCAGCCAUGAAACCAGAAGUGGCCUUACUUGACAAUGAUGAAAUCAAGAGCAUUGAAGGUGAUCUUGACUGGCACUUCGUCACUCUCGGUGAACAGCAGAACUUUGGUAUCAAAACUGCCGGUUUGGAAGACAAAGCAUCUGCCUGUGAUAUGCUCGUAUGUUACGCUCGCGAAUUAAAAGAGGCAUUCGCUGAUUACGCCGAAGAUGUAGUUAAACUAAUGGUGCCAAUGCUCAAGUUCUACUUCCACGACAAUGUGCGCACAGCGGCAGCAGAAUCUCUACCAUACUUGUUGGAAUGCGCCCGUACACGUGGCCCACAGUACAUACAAGGCAUGUGGGCAUACAUUCUGCCUGAGUUGUUAAAAGCAAUUGAUUCUGAACCUGAACAAGAGGUGCAAGUGGAACUUUUAAAUAGCUUGGCUAAAUGUAUUGAGCUUUUGGGCACUGGUUGCUUAACUGACGAGAGUAUGGCAGAAGUCCUCCGCAUUCUCAACAAACUACUUACAGAGCAUUUUGAAAGGGCUACUGAACGACGUCAGAAGCGCGCCGAUGAGGAUUAUGACGAGGUUGUUGAAGAGCAGCUUGCUGAUGAGGAUAAUGAAGAUGUAUAUGGCUUGUCCCGGGUAGCUGAUGUAUUACACGCUCUCAUGUCUGCUUACCGCGAAAACUUCUUCCCGCACUUAGACUCCUUAUUGCCGCAUCUCGUUCAACUUCUGGCUCCAGGCCGUCCUUAUGCUGAUAGACAAUGGGCCAUUUGCAUUUUUGAUGACGUCAUUGAGUUUGGAGGGCCGGCGUGCGUGAAGUACCAGGACAUCUUCCUGGAGCCGAUGUUGAGCGGGCUGACGGCGGCGGAGGCGGAGGUGCGGCAGGCGGCGGCGUACGGCUGCGGCGUGCUGGCGCAGUUCGGCGGCGCGCAGUUCGCGCCCGCCUGCGCGCGCGCCGCGCGCCUGCUGGCCGACGUGGUCGCCGCGCCCGACGCACGCUCCAUCGAAAACCUCAACGCCACAGAGAACGCCAUCUCCGCGGUCGCCAAGAUCAUCAAGUACAACCACUCGCAGGUCGACAGGGACCAACUCAUCACGCACUGGUUAACAUGGCUACCAGUGGUUGAAGACGUUGAAGAAGCACCUCAUGUAUACUCACUGUUGUGCGAGUUGGCGGCGAGCGGACACCCAGCUCUGGCCACACCUAAUUCGCCGCAGCGAGUCAUCCUAACCCUCGCUGAAGCUUUCCUCCGAGACGCUGUGCCUGUUGAGAACCCUGUGUACGCGCAGAUGGUCUCGCUCGUACGCCAAAUACAGAGUAAUGCUGAAUUAUUCAACUCGUGCCUCAUGCAGCUAAGCAGUGAACAUCAGGAAGCGCUAAAAGUGGCGCUGUCCACAUAG